AAGUUUCCUGGGACUUUCUGGCGAACUGGAUCAAUGAUGGAAUUGCAAACAUUACAGGAGGCCCUGAAAGUGGAAAUACAAGUCCAUCAGAAACUUGUCGCCCAAAUGAAGCAGGAUCCACAGAAUGCAGAUCUGAAGAAACAACUUCACGAGCUCCAAGCGAAAAUCACGGCUCUGAGUGAGAAACAGGUAAGAACUUUCACAGUCGAUGUGACGUCAUUCACUGCUUCAGGUGCUGAAACAAAUGUUUUUAAAUAGUGAAACACAUGAAUUAAAUGCUUGUUUGUCUACAAAUGUGUGUCAGUGAGCAAUGAGCAAAGGUCGACUGUGAUAUUGGGGUUUAAAAAAAAGACACUGCGUGAUUUCAUUAGGCUCGUUUACUUAAAGCCAUGAACUAAUGCUACAGAAUGAAAUGCAAACAAUAUGAGCUUAUUGUAUAAUUUAUGAUGUGUAUUUUAUCCUGCUGUUGUUGAUAAAGAGGUUGAUGGGAAAUGUAGUUUUGUUUAGUAAAAUAUAAAAAUAUGAUAAUUUCUGAAUGAUGUUUUCAUUCCGAUUGUGUUUCUUUUUUGAUUUCGUGACAGUGUUGAGAAUUGUUGUGUGUGUGCGUAUAUACAUAAAU